AUGUUGCUGCCGGACCAAACGUACGAGCAGGCGAACCUGCGCCAGGAGCGUCUGCGCCGGUCGGCAGCACCGUACGACGACGACGACGAUGGUGGAGCUUUCCCGCGAUUAUGCCGCCUGCAGGAGCUAUACGCCGGCGUGGGUGAGGAGUUGGCGGGCGUGCUCGCGAAUAAUGAGAUGAAAUUCGGCACCGGUGCGUCCGAGGACGCCGCUGAAGGCAGUAGCUCAGGCGUUGGUAGCUCAGGUGAUGGAGGAGCCAAACGGACCCAGGGGUUGGACGUGCGGUUGCCAGGUGGUGGCAAGCGAUCCUCGGCGGAUGCGGAUAGUCUCUGGAGUGGACCUGCUGGAAGUCACACGAAUACGCCCGGUCCCGGUAGAUGUCGCUCGCGUACCAGCCAGAGGGCGCCACCAAUCCGGAGCAAGGAUCAACCCACGCGGUCGGAUCAAACUGAUCGGGGCAUUGGGCUCGAUUCGGCAAGUUCCCAUGGAAGUAGUCUCAGCUACACGAGUGGUUCGAGUGACGACGAGGAAGGCCUACCAGUGAGACGACGUUCGGCACCACCAGCACCUCCGGAAAAUGGUACCAGCAGGUGGACAGUUACCGGAACACCUGGUGAUGAUUACGACAAGACGUCCGAUUUCUUCAACAACAUUCCUGAGUUCCAGGGUGAAGCUCUCGGACCGUUCAGCAUCACCGGUAAGCGUACCGAGCCGAAUUGGAGUGGCAUAAGGACGAACGUGGAUGUGCUGCGCGCGUGCGAACUGUUCCUGGUACGCCAUCGGAUGCGACCUGACUUCUUCUGCAAGUACAAAACGGCCAUGAACCCAACCGCAUCAGCACCGGCGUCAUUUCCGUUAUCUCGCGCGAGAACGCCCAUCGACGAAGUCCGGAAGCCUAAGAGUCUGUCCCCGCCGAUGCAUCGACCGGCUUCGCGUGCCACAGCGACUCUUCCUGCUGCUGGUGAUCGCACCGGACCCAUCUACAGCGUGCCGAACCGUGCAGGCAAAAAGCGACGUCCAAACGCGGGUUUAACACAGUUGGGACACUGA